GACGAGCGCGCUAUACGUCACAUGCAGUACGGUACUGCGCAUGCGCUAAGAUUUUACCCUUGGAGGGGCAACAAGCGGACAUUUUGUUUAGAAGCAGUGUGAAAAUGAGUGAAAGCCAUACGGUGAUUUUAUCAGAAGAAGAUGUCCCAGGGGCAAAACUACCAACUCCAAAUGUGGAGGAGCAUACGAACGUUGUUUUAAAACGAUGGUUGGCCUGCCGUGGACUUAGAGUGAGCGGGAAAAGAGCAGAAUUGAUAGCAAGAUGCAAAAAUUGUAUAGCUGCUGGCAAGGCUGGAGAAAUUGAUGUGAGUGUGGAUCAGGGGAAAUGGUACCAGAGAAAACUACGUGAACAAAACAUUGAAAAUGAAGAUCCAUCAUCACAGCAAGAAAACUCCGGAAGUUGGUCUGGGCUUGUACCUGAAGCCGUACCACAAGUUUUUAACUAUGGCAAUAUUUACCAGUGGCUGGUUGAGUCGUUACCAAGUUUUGACACCACAGAGAAACCUUUGCGUCGUGGAUCACAAUAUGUGCAGUCUGGUUAUGUAGGGCAGAUUUAUUAUAAGAGAGACUCCUCCACAGUAUACUUCAAAGGAGUUGUUCUUGCAUCUAUGCGUAAUGAGAAGUACACAGUGACUGUUACAUUGUCUGUUAAUAGUGGUGCAGUGAAGGCUGCAAGUUGCCACUGCAAGGCAUCUUCUUUGAACAGGUGUAGUCAUGUAGCUGCGCUUCUGAUAUUCCUGCAUGAGAAACCUUCUUGCACUAGUCUACCAUGUGCAUGGAAGAAAGGUUCUAAGAGGAGGAACCCUUCAGCCCUACAUGAAGCCAGUUACACCUCCUACAAGGUAGUAAGGAAUGAUGUUAUCAAUUUUGACCCGCGUCCACCUGGAAGCAAAGUAAGCCGUGAAGAUCUCAAUGCAUUCAAGUCCAGUUUGUCAUUUGCUAAUGCUAACACCGGCACAGUUAGCAUGUGGGAAACCCUUCUUACCUAUCAAUAUUUGGAUUAUGAGCUCUCCUCUGAAAGGUUGUUGACUUUGAAAGACUUGAAACUUAUUCUGCUGCAUGAUCUUACACCGGAAGGUUGCUGGCCAGUAAUGAUUGAAGGCACUAAAUCACAGGCAGAUUGUGCAGGAUGGUUUCAAGAGAGGUCCCGCAGAAUAACAGCAUCAGUGGCACAUGAAGCAGUGAAGAUAUGGAAGGCCAUCAGUGAGCAGGGAGUCACUGAUGGCAUACGCCAGAGAGUAUUGAAGUUACUCAGAAAACACAUUUGGGGCUUAGAUGCCGUCAGCACAUACUAUAUGCAACAUGGGUCUUCCAUGGAAAAACAGGCACGGGAAGACUAUGCCAGUAUUACCAAUGCAAAGGUCAGUGAGUCUGGCCUUUGGGUUGACCCAGCAGUGCCAGAACUUGCCUGUUCUCCAGACGGACUUGUUUUUGAUACUUCAUCAGAUGACCCUGACGGACUGUUGGAAAUUAAAGUUUUGAAGGUGUUUCAGAAGUCUGCCCCAGAAGAUGUAGCAGCCCAGUAUGCAAAUGGUAGUAUAAGCACAAAGGAUCUUGCUGGCCAAUGCUUCACUAUUAAUGAUAAGGGUGAGAUAAAGCUCAGAGAAAGUCAUGCAUAUUAUUAUCAGAUUCAAUUUCAAAUGGGAAUCACUGGAAGAGAAUGGUGUGACUUUGUACUCUGGUCACCUAAGGGUCAACCUAAUGUUCAGAGAAUUUGGAGAGACAAUGCUUUUGUAAAAGAUAUGUUUAAGUCUUGUAGAAAUCUUUGGAAGUCAGCUUUUGCCUACGAGAUAUUUGAAAUGAGAGCACCUCGAGGGCUGAAACCAUUCAUAGUGGUUUAGUGUAUUGAAA